AUGUCAAGUGGAACGAAGACGAUCAAAUGUGUCUGUGUGGGUGAUGGAACUGUGGGAAAAACAUGUAUGUUGAUAUCUUACACAACAAACUCAUUUCCAACGAGUUAUAUUCCAACGGUAUUUGAUAAUUAUUCUGUAACCGUAAUGAUAUCAAAUGAACCAUAUACAUUAGCUUUAUUUGAUACCAGUGGCCAAGAAGGUUUCGAACAUAUUAGAUCAAUAAGUUAUUCUAAUACCGAUGUGUUUUUAGUAUGUUACAGUGUUAUGUCUCCAAGUUCAUUUACAAAUGCACAAAAAGUGUGGAUACCAGAAAUAAGACGGGCAAAUCCCAAAACACCAUUUGUAUUGAUCGGAACAAAAAUUGAUUUGAGACGAAAUGAGGAAGAAAUUGAAAAAUUAGCUAAGUCAAAAUUGAAACCGAUUACACGUGAACAAGGUGAAAAAAUGGCAAGAGAAUUUCGUGCCUAUGCCUAUGUUGAAUGUUCAGCAUUGACACAAGAAAAUUUAAAACAAACAUUUGAUAAUGCAAUAUUAGCCGCACUUGAACCAAAGAAAAAUCAAAGACCAUCAUCUGAUUGUUGUAGUUGUUUACUUUCAUAA